AGCGGAGGCACAAGUUGAACACCGCCACAGUAGCCGACCAGAGAAUGUUGUCAUUCAAUUUCGGUAGGCUGAAAUUGUAAAUAUACAAUUAUCUGAGGUAUGAAAUGCGCAAAGAGCUGCAUAUAUACAUAUAUCAAGUGUAACCCCGUGAAGGAAAACACGAUGUCGGCUGCUUUUCUGUGUAGCAAAGCUACACAAAAGCUUCAUCAUGUCGGUGGUAACGCGCCUUCCUCAUUAAAGUUUAGCUCUCUUUCUGCAUGACAUUAGCCUACUUGGCAGCCGAAACACUGAAAACGGAUAUUCUCACAUAGAAUUGGAUGUCAACCCGUUCUCUCCGCUUUUAACCUCGUCUAUUUUGAGCCCGCAUUGUCGGCUACGUUUUGACCACCUGGUUCUGCAGUGAGGAAGUUUCCACCAUGCACACCAUGUUGAUCUGACCUUCACUGUUUUUGCCAGUUUAGACACUUCCAAGAUCAAAAGACGCAAUGCAAUCGAACAUGAAGGAAGUAUUUAGAAGGGUGCAUAACGUCUUUCUUAAGGUAGUGCUCUUUCCAAGCACUUUCGGCAGAACGGGACCCCGUCCCACCGCCUCAGAGGUGCUGGACUGCCACCUCACGCAGCGGUGUCUGCCCCCCUGGACCUCCUUCUGUGUCCCCUACAGCGCCGUAGAAAACGACCAGUUCGGACUGUCCAACUUCAACUGGAGUGUCUCUGGAACUAACUAUCAAAUACUCAGAACAGGCUGCUUCCCUUUUAUCAAAUAUCAUUGCUCAAAGGCACCCCACCAGAACCUGGAUAUAGAAGACACGUUCUUUACCAUCCUGAAAGUCAUCAAUCUAGGUGUCCCCUGUGUAGCCUAUGGCGUGGGCUGCUGGCUGGUGGUGGGGGCUUCUGAAACAGUGCAGACGAGUGUUGGGAAGGUAACGGUCUAUUUUGCAUACAAAGAAGAUGGAGCUCAGUACUGAAACAAGAAUGCAUCAAAUGGGACAAAGAGAACUACACUAUUCAAAAUAUACUGUGAGAAUGUAAAGUUUUUUUUCUGUUGCUAUCCAAAUGUCAGUAUUCAGUGCUUCUGCUUUCUUCAGUUUGGCAGUAUUGUAAAUUAUUUUAUUAAUAAAUCGUAUUUAAUAUGAAAAAAUGCAA